CAGAAGCUGAAAAUUAAUUGCAGCGAUGGCUGUAGCUUUAUUGAUGUUUGUGCUCCUCCAAUGCUGGCAGCCCAUCCACUGUCUACAAGCUCGGACUGUGUAUGCUACAGUGGGAUCCUCAGUGAAUUUCUCAGUACACCUGACAUACCCCGCGUGCCUCAAGGGGACCUGGCUCUGGAAACCACAGUGGAAUUGUUCAGGAAAGGGAACAGGAUUUCAAUUGGCACUGACGGCACAAAACUUCAGUGGGACGCCUCUCGAUUCUAGUCUUUGCUUCUUGCAGAGACGGCUGCACAUCCUGGCUGGCUGCAGGCUGCACAUUGAUGGGGUGGAGUUUACUGACGCUGGGAAUUUCACCUUUCAACAAGAGAAAAAUGAAAGUCUCGUAGAGACUGUGUUCCAGCUCAUCACAGUAAAAGUUGGAGUUGAACCUCCCGGUCCCACUCUGGAAGGCCGCACUGCGACUCUGUUCUGUCAAGUGUCUUUAACCCUUUCAGCACCAUCUAUAGUAUUGGGAAACUCUGGGAAUGUCAGCAGCACUAUGAGCACAAACCACAGCCAGACAACCACACGCCUGACAGUCAGGAACAUGAGGUCGGGUGAGGUAGCAUGGAAAUGUGUUAUUGAGGAUGGGAAGUACACUGUUGAUUACCAGCUCACGGUUAUUGCUUCACAUUCCAGUGUGGGAAAUAUGUUUAUCUUCAGGCUUUCCUGCCUGCUGUUCGUUUUCUGCCUUCUCCUCACAGGUUACGUUGGAUAUCACAAGUGCAAAUGCUCAGGGAGAAACGUGAAUCCGUGUAUCCAGCUGGAAGCUUUUGUGAGAAGACACAGCUUGCUAAGAGAAGAAAUAUAGAAACAUAAUCACACAACGCACCAGAAGGCUAUUCAGCCCAUCAUAUUGAUGCCAGCAAUUUUAAUGAGCUAUCGAAUGUAUCCUCUGCCUCAUGCUCUAUCAUAAUAUUUUAAAGCAUUUAACUAUUUUCCUUUUGAAAGUUAUUGAUGACUGUACUUCCCCUGCCCAUUCAGGCUGCUCAUUCUGGCUCAUUAUAAUUCAUUACGUUCAAAAUGUCUUACCUUCUUUAUGCUUCCUGCAAACAUAUGGUGACAGAUUAUUUGAUAGAAUUCCUAUAAUGUGGAAACAGGCCAUUUGACCCAACAGGUCCACACUAACCCUCCGAAGAUUAA